UGGGUUCCUGUUCACCUUGGAAGUUUUCAUCAACAUAUUCAGGAACCUCUUUGAUUUCUGGUGCACUGCUGUGUUGUCCUCUAACAGACCCAGGGCUGUGUGUUCAGUGCAGACUAGUUCCAUCUAUCAGUCGUUUCAAUCUGCCGCCGUCUCCCUGGCAGCUCUCACGUCACAUCCGUCCCUGUCUCAAUAGCUGCCCGCUGCCGUAGGGCUGCAGAGCGGUGCCGGCGUUUCCCUGGCUCAGGACGCCGGGACCCCCCGUGCCCGGAGCUGCGCUGCUCCGGCUCUAUCCCGGCUGCCGGGCGGCUGCUAUCGACCAACGAGUGGCAGUGCCUCUUUAAAUAACCCUUUGGAGCGCUGCUGACAGCACCAGAGGCUUUGGCAGACAGGAAGGACCAGCAAAGAGGAUGAACAAGCUGCAGAGAUUGCUUCAGAACAAGAACCUGAUCCUGACAGUGUGUGCUGCUGGGAUUGGAGGCACUUUCCAGUACGGUUACAACAUCUCCAUCAUCAAUGCUCCAACUUUAUACAUCCAGACGUUCAUGAACAAAACAUGGUUGGAGCGCACAGGUGCUCCCCUGGAGAGUGGCAUGGUCUUGCUGCUGUGGUCCUUCACCGUGUCCGUGUACCCCCUGGGAGGCCUUGCAGGGGCUGUUGCUGCCGGCCCUAUGGCCAUUGUGUUGGGAAGGAAGAUGUCGCUGCUGGUUAACAACGUCUUCGUGAUCGUAGCUGCGGCCUUGUCAGGAUUCAGCCAGAUGGCAAAAUCUUUCGAAAUGAUCAUGCUCAGCAGGUUCCUUACUGGUGUGAAUGCAGGUGUAAGCAUGAAUGUUCAGCCCAUGUAUCUGGCGGAAAGUGCCCCAAGGAAGCUCCGAGGGGCUGUGGCCUUGACCUCUGCAUCUUUUACAGCCCUGGGACUGGUGCUGGGCCAGGUUGUUGGACUCAGGGAGCUUCUAGGAGGGGAGGAGAGCUGGCCACUCCUUUUAGCCAGCAAUGCUGUGCCUGCCCUGAUCCAGCUCAUGGUUCUGCCGUGGUUUCCUGAAAGCCCCAGAUACCUCUUGAUUGACCGUGGAGACAGAGAGUCCUGCAUCUCUGCACUGAAGAAGCUCAGAGGCAGCAGUGACCUGGGAGAGGAGCUGGAGGAGAUGCUGGCUGAACAGGCUGCUGCCAAAGGUCAGAGAGCGAAGAAGCCCUGGGAGCUGUUCCGAAACCAAGCAGUGAGGUGGCAGCUGAUAAGCAUCAUCGUGCUGAGCAGUGCCAUGCAGCUCUGCGGGAACGACUCGAUGUACUUUUAUGCAGCUUACGUGUUCCAGGAGGCUGGAAUUCCUCAGGACAAAAUCCCGUAUGUUGUCAUCGGCACAGGGAGCUGUGAACUGAUCACGUCUGUAACUUGUAACAUGAUUAUAGACUACGCUGGCCGGAGGCCGCUGCUGCUGGGAGGAUACAUCCUCAUGGCAGGAUGGGCCACCGUCUUCACGGUCGCUCUGAGCCAGCAGACUCAGAUUAGCUGGAUGCCUUAUCUCAGCAUGGCCUGCAUUUUCACCUAUAUCCUGAGCUUUGGAAUUGGACCAGCUGGUGUAACAGGAGUUCUGCCCACAGAGAUUUUUGAUCAGAUGUCCCGACCAGCUGCUUACAUGAUCUGUGGGUCUCUGCUCUGGUUUAAUCUCUUUCUGGUUGGAACAGCGUUUCCAUUCAUUGUGAAAUAUCUAGCACAUUUCUGCUACGUCCCGUUCCUUGUGGUUUGCAUCUGCACUGCUGUCUACAUUGGGUUCUUCCUUCCUGAGACCAAAGGAAAAUCCUUCCUGGAAAUCUCGGAGGAGUUCAGGAAACUGAACUUCAGAGCUCAGAGCCGUGAAGGUUUCUAUAAAGGCCCUGAAGAGAUCAGGUCCACCACGUUGUAGCAGAAGGAAGGACAAUGGUGUCUGGUGGAAAUCCAGCAGCGGUUAUAUUCUCUUUGCAGGGACACAGAGAGAGGAGCAGGGCUGGGGAGAAUAUACUGCUCUUAAAUGCACCUUCAAAAGACUUUAGGGCAAGAUACAAAAUUCAGCCAUUAGGAUCACAUUACUUAUUUACUGCAUGUGUUCAACUCCUCCUAAGCCACCAUUUUACUGAAAUCCUAUCAUGAUUUGUCCUCUGUCAGCUCCUGGGGAUGUUCUCAGGGACUGCUUUUCUGCUAAAAUGCUUGAGAGUUUCUCUUAAAAAGCAGAUCAUGUGUGACAUGGUGGUUCCACUGAAACACAUUCAAGCAGGUAUAUCAGAGAAAUGCCUGACAACAAUAUGAUAUAGCAAGACAAGGAACCUGACUGCUCUGCUCAGGGACAUCAGUAGAUGUUACAAAGGUUGUAAGCCACCUCUUCAUCAGCUGCAUUUUUUAACACCAGAUAAACCAUUUAUUGUUUUGCUACACACGUUAUUUUCCUGCUGCUUAAAAGCAAGGUUCUGUGAGUUGAAAUGCGAAGUGCCUGCUUCCAGCCAACAGUGAAACUCUGGCCAUGCUGCCAGAUGCCUAAAUGUUCAUUUAGGAUAUUGUGUUUAGGUAUUCAAAUCUGAAAUUUGGCCCCAGAGGCUUUGAGCUUAGGAUGGGCCUCGAUUCAAAAGGGGAAAAAAGGGGAAUGAAGAAUGGAUUCCCUCCUCUCCCAAAUUCAAAGGCAGUUCUGGAUAAAUGCACUCCCCCUCUGAAGGGUCCAUAGUUAUUUGCCAGAGCUUAUCAGUGUCGCAGAUCUUGGUUUACACAGAACUUUGUGCUGUCACAAUUGUGUUGCUGCAGAUCUAUAAUACACACCAACUACUAAAUAGCGACAAAUGUUUAAAAAUCUGACUUAGGUUUUUAAUACUAAGUAACACGCAUAUUAAAGAGUGACAGGCUGAUGCCUUAUUAUCACCAAACACCACCAUGCAGUGCUUCAGCAACUUUCUUCUGAAUUUCUUCUAAGUUUAAUCUGCCUUCCUUUUCAAACCAAACUGCAACUUGCACCCCAGAAGCCUUUUUUUUUCCUUCUUCUAAAUCUGGGCUCUCAGAUAAAAAAAAUUAAUUAAUUAAUUAAUUAAUUAAGUUCUGCUUUCAGACAGCAGAUGAAAUUCUCAGUACCGUGUCAUAGGGCUCCUGUUUCUGUUAUUAAAUGAUUUCAAAUAGGCCACUACUUGUUGAGCAAGCAGUUGAUUAUUUUCAGCUAUUAACACAUAUGACGUAUAGAUUAAGAAGAAAGCUUUUAGCACUUGCUGCAUGGCUUAUACAGCUGAUGUUCAGGCACCACUUUGCAGACUAUUUACUCUGGACUGAUUUUCUUCAUGGCUUGUUUUCUUGCCAUCCAAUCCCGUGUUCUGUCUCUGGUCCCACCUGGAUACUGCCAAUGCAUCAUGCAGGGAUUAAGCCUCCAUUUUACACCUGUGCUCUGCUGAAGCUACGGUUGCACUGAAAAGGAACGUUGGCAAAAUAAGUAAAGUUUCUUUCUGUAUAUUUGUAACCAAUUUUAAUUUUAAAAAGUCCAAUGAUUUUGAAUGUCGUGAAUGUAAACAUAAUGUUUCCCAAGUGUAUUACUGUCAUGUUUGGCAUGGGCAGAUGUAUUUCUCCAGAGUCUGUGCAAGAACUGUCUCUUUCGCUACCUACAGUUUUCAGUGUAGGAAAAAUAAAUCUAAAUGUUUGUUCA